UUUUUUUUGGAAGUAAAUGCUUCAGUUUCAUGUCAUGGUUGUCUCUUUUAUAUGUUCUAGUGGACACACAGUCUUAUGUGACUUAAUAUGACUUGUUUUCCUACGCGUCGUCUUCUUUCUAAAGAAGAUUCAUGUCGAUCAUGUGGUGAAAGGGGAAAUCUUUUGUGAUGUGAGACAUGUACUUAUGCGUAUCAUCCCAAGUGUUUGAUUCCACCACCGAGAGCUCGUCUUCCUAGCAAGUGGUGGUGCCCAGAAUGUGUUAGCCCUCUAAAUGAUAUCGACAAGAUCUUAGACUGUGAAAUGCGCCCUACUGUUGCCGAUGAUAGUGAUGCCUUUAAGCUGGGCUCGAAGCAAAUAUUUGUGAAGCAAUACCUUGUCAAGUGGAAAGGAUUAUCCUAUCUUCACUGCACUUGGGUGCCGGAGAAAGAGUUUUUAAAAGCUUACAAGGCACACCCUCGCUUGAGGACUAAAAUCAACAAUUUUCAGCGCCAAACAUCAUCAACCAAUAUUUCUGAAGAUGAGUUUGUAGCCAUUCGACCUGAAUGGACUACUGUUGAUCGGAUUCUUGCUUGCAGGGAAGAUGAGGAUGAGAAGAAGUAUUUUGUUAAAUGGAAGGAGCUUCCCUACGAUGAAUGUUAUUGGGAAUCUGAGUCAGACAUUUCUUCGUUUCAGCAAGAAAUUGAAAGAUUUAAUAGAAUUCAGUCUAGGCGUCAUAAACUCUCUUCAAGCAAGCAGAAGAGCAACAAUCGUGAUGUUUUCACAGAAUCCAAACUGAAACAUAAAGAAUUUCAACAUUAUGAUCGCAGUCCCGAGUUUCUUUCUGGAGGCUCCCUCCAUCCUUAUCAGCUGGAAGGGUUGAACUUCUUACGCUUCUCUUGGUCUAAACAAACGCACGUGAUACUUGCAGAUGAAAUGGGUCUUGGGAAAACAAUACAGAGCAUUGCUUUUCUAGCAUCGCUGUUUGAAGAUAAUCUUUCUCCACAUUUGGUCGUAGCACCACUCUCAACAUUGCGUAAUUGGGAACGUGAAUUUGCAACAUGGGCACCGCAAAUGAAUGUUGUCAUGUACGUCGGCUCUGCUCAAGCUCGUGCGGUUAUUAGGGAGUAUGAAUUUUAUUUUCCCAAAAACCAUAAGAAGAUCAAAAAGAAGAAAUCUGGUCAAAUUUUUGGUGAAAGCAAGCAAGAUAGGAUCAAAUUUGAUGUCCUUCUUACAUCAUAUGAAAUGAUUAACUUAGAUACGACAUCAUUGAAACCGAUACAAUGGGAAUGCUUGAUCGUUGAUGAAGGUCAUCGUCUCAAGAAUAAAGACUCAAAGUUGUUCUCUUCCUUCAAGCAAUAUUCUAGUAAACAUCGUGUUCUUUUGACUGGAACUCCUCUUCAGAACAACCUGGAUGAACUUUUCAUGCUCAUGCACUUUCUUGAUGCUGGCAAGUUUGGAAGUUUAGAGGAAUUCCAGGAGGAGUUUAAGGAUAUUAAUCAGGAGGAGCAGAUCUCAAGGCUUCAUAAGAUUUUGGCACCUCAUCUGCUUAGAAGAGUAAAGAAAGACGUCAUGAAGGAAAUGCCACCAAAAAAGGAGCUCAUUUUACGUGUGGAAUUGAGUAGCAAACAGAAAGAAUACUACAAGGCUAUUCUCACUCGCAACUACGAGUUACUAACUCGAAGGGGUGGUGCACAGAUUUCUCUUGCCAAUGUGGUUAUGGAAUUGCGGAAACUCUGUUGUCAUCUGUAUAUGCUAGAAGGAGUUGAACCAUAUGUAGAGGAUGCUAAUGAGUCUUUCAGAGAACUUGUGGAAUCUUCUGGGAAGUUGCAACUUUUGGACAAAAUGAUGGUGAAGCUAAGAGAGCAGGGGCAUAGAGUUCUGAUAUAUUCUCAAUUUCAGCAUAUGCUGGACUUGCUGGAAGAUUACUGCGGCUACAAGAAAUGGCAAUAUGAAAGGAUUGAUGGAAAAGUUGGUGGGGCUGAAAGACAAAUUCGCAUAGAUCGGUUUAAUGCAAAGAAUUCUUCCAGAUUUUGUUUUCUGCUAUCUACUAGAGCUGGGGGUCUGGGAAUAAACCUAGCAACUGCUGACACAGUUAUUAUAUAUGACAGCGAUUGGAAUCCCCAUGCUGAUUUGCAAGCAAUGGCUAGAGCUCAUCGACUUGGGCAGACAAAUAAGGUAAUGAUUUACAGACUCAUAACGAGAGGAACCAUUGAAGAAAGGAUGAUGGAACUGACAAAGAAGAAAAUGGUUUUAGAGCAUCUAGUUGUUGGAAGGCUCAAAGCACAAAACAUUAACCAGGAAGAGUUAGAUGGCAUCAUAAGGUAUGGCUCAAAGGAGCUAUUUGCCGACGAGAAUGACGAAGCGGGGAAAUCCCGGCAAAUUCACUAUGAUGACACUGCAAUUGACAGGUUACUAAACCGUGAACAGGUUGGAGAUGAAGAGGCUACCAUAGAUGAUGAAGAAGAAGAUGGUUUUUUGAAGGCUUUCAAGGUAGCAAAUUUCGAGUACAUUGAUGAAGUGCAAGCAGCAGCGGAGGAGGAGGAAGCACAAAAAGCCUCAACUGAAAAUAAAACUGCUGUCAACAACUCAGAAAGGGCUUCUUACUGGGAAGAGUUGUUAAGAAAUAGAUACGAAGUCCACAAGACUGAAGAGUUCAAUGCUAUGGGCAAGGGGAAGAGAAGCCGUAAGCAGAUGGUGUCUGUUGAAGAGGAGGACCUUGCUGGGAUGGAAGAUUUAUCUUCAGAUGACGAAGAUGAAAACUAUGAUGCUGAACUUAGAGACGAUGAAACAGCUCAAACUGGAGCUCCAGCUGGGAGGAAGCCUUUGAAAAAGAAAUCUUGUGUGGAUAUCAGUGAACCACUUCCCUUGAUGGAAGGUGAAGGGAGAUCGUUAAGAGUACUGGGAUUUAAUCAAAAUCAAAGGGCUGCAUUUGUUCAGAUUUUGAUGAGAUUUGGGGUUGGAGAGUGGGAUUGGGCAGAGUUCACACAGCGCAUGAAGCAAAAGACUUAUGAAGAAAUUAAGAAUUAUGGGAGACUUUUUGUAGCUCACAUCGCGGAAGAUGUUAAUGACUCACCAACCUUUUCAGAUGGCGUACCUAAAGAAGGAUUAAGAAUAGAAGAUGUGCUUGUUAGGAUUGCAGUUUUAAAUCUGAUACAGGACAAGGUGAAGAUAUCGUCAGAAAAUCCAGGUACUCCUCUUUUUGCAGAUGAAAUUGUAUCUCGCUUCCCAGGAUUGAAGAGUGGAAGGGUUUGGAAAGAGCAGCAUGAUCUCGUACUGCUACGAGCGGUAUUGAGGCAUGGCUAUGGAAGAUGGCAAGCUAUGCUUGACGACAAGGAACUGAGGGUUCCGGAAAUCAUUUGUCAGGAGCUGAAUCUUCCCAUUAUAACCCUCCCUGUCCCAGGAGCAUCUCAAGUACAAGAUGGUGCAUAUACAGCUAUUAGUGGAACACCUGUGAAUCAGACUAAUGGAACUGCUAAUGGGAAUGGUUUAGCAGCUGAUGCUGCACAAGGACCACUUGAUACAAAUCGGGCCAUAACAUCUCAAGGUUCGUCCAUGAUGUAUAAUUUCAGAGACAUACAGAGAAGACAGGUUGAGUUUAUAAAGAAAAGGGUUCUUCUGUUAGAGAAAUCAAUAAAUACAGAGUACGGAAACGAAGUAUUGGGCGAGCAGCAAACAAAUGAGACUCCUAGUUAUGAGCCGGAGACUGAAGCCAAGGUCAUAGAUAUUUCAAGUCCAUGCUCCAUGGAAGUUGAUGCCCAAACCAUGAGUACUUUACCGCAAAUAGAAGUGAUCACUGCAGAAGAAGUUUCAGCUUCUGCCUGUGAUGAUAAUCCAGAUCGUUUGAAAAUGGCUCAGCUGUAUAAUGAGAUUUGCAAGGUACUCAAAGAAAAUGCUGACGAAUCAGUGGAGGUAUAUUUGGCAAAAAAACCAGCAGGUUUCCAGUUGAGGAAGAACCUCCUUCCGCUAGAAACCAUUUACGAAGACAUAAACAGGAUUCUUUCUCCAGUUCAGCAGCAUUCUUCUAGUGCAGAACAUAACACACUGAAUGCAGAUAUACAGACGGCAAUACCAGCCAAAUUGGUGGGACCUGGUGCUCCAUCAACAGUGCAGUUAGUAGAUGACUGCAAAUCUGGUCCUGAGGCAACGACUGAGGGAAAGGUGCCAAUAUUGGAGCCAAGCUCGAAAAAAGAAUCUAAUAGAGCGGAACAAGAUCUAAAAAAAGACAGGAGCAGUUCUCGUGAUGUUCCUGCUGCGGAUUCGUCCACUAGAACUGGUGGUGAUGUGCGAAUGGAAGAGAAGCAGCAUUGUGAGGCUGAUUGUAGUCGUAACGCCCCAGCUGAAGAAAACACCGAGAAAUCGGAUCCUGGAGUAGUUAUUUUGGAGGAUUAAAAUCAACACAAAUUGUUAUUAGCCGAACUGCCUGAAGUUAUUUUCUUACUCUUUUUUUUUUUUUUUUUUUAAGGACCACAGAGGAAUAACAUGUUUCAAGAUAAUUACAUUCAGAGUUUGACAAUCAAAGAAAACCUAAAUGGGGUAUUGUUUCAUCAUUGUUUUCUGAAUCCUUUUAGAAAGUACA